AUGACGAUAAUUCAAUCUUCUCAUAGACAAGCUUCAUCAUCUUUUAUUGGUGAAUGUAUGGUUGAGAAAUUUAGAUUCAGUUCUUCUGAUCGUUCGACUCCGAAAGAUAUCAUUCAUCAUAUGCGCACAAACUAUGGAGUUGGUGUUAGUUAUUAUAAAGCUUGGAGGGCAAAAACAACUGUUAAUAAAUUGUUGACAGGAGAUGCUGAUGAUUCUUAUGCAUUGAUUCCGAAGUUUUUUGUGAAGUUGAAAGAAAUGAAUCCAGGUGCAUCUAUUGAAGGUUGGAGCAAAUAUGGUGGUACAUUAUUGACUGCCUCAACGUGCGAUGGUAACAAUCAGAUUUUCCCUCUUGCUUUUGGUAUAGUAGAUUCAGAAAAUGAUGCAUCAUGGAGAUGGUUUUUUCAAAAUUUAAAGAACAGUUUUGGAGAUCGAGAAGGAUUAGUUAUCAUUUCUGAUCGUCAUUUAAGCAUUGGAAAAAGUGUUCUAAAGGUUUUUCCAUAUGCUCAAUAUUGUGUUUGUAAGCGACAUCUGUUGAAGAAUUUGAAGUUGUCAUACAAAGACUCCUUGAUUGAUAAACUUUUUGAAAACUGUGCCAAAUCCUACACAACUAAUGAUUUUGAGUUAAAUAUGAGGUUGAUGGAGUCAAUAUAUCCUACUAUACGAGAAUAUCUUAGUAAUGUUGGAUUUGAGAAAUGGGCUCGUGCACACACUAAAGAAAGAAGAUAUCAAAUGUUGACAACUAAUAUUUCUGAGAGCCUAAAUGCAACUUUGAAAGAGUCAAGAGAUUUACCUGUUGCAUCACUACUUGAUUCAGUUAGACAAUUACUUCAAAGGUGGUUUUAUGAUAGAAGUAAAUCAGCAGCUUCUCUGAAUAAUUUUUUGAGUCCUUGGGCUUAUACUGAGAUACAUAAACAAUUUAAUGAAUCCAAAAGUUUGGUGGUUGAUCCUAUCAACAACGUUGAAUUUCAAGUAAUUCAUAAAGCGGAUAAUUUUUUGACUGAUUACCCUAGUCACUCCAAAGAAAUUCGGCUAGAAGAAGAUCAAACUCCUCCUGCUAUUGCAAGAAAGAUCAAUAACUCUUUGUUCAACGAGUCUGCUCUCUCAUCUAUUCAAUUGGAGAAAAUCCUAGAAAUCGAUGUGUUGUUUGUCAUGGUAGCUGAUGCAAGCAUCAUGGAAGCUAGAGUGGCUGAAAUGGAAAGGAAGCUCGCUGCUUUGAUUAAGAUAGACGAAGAAAGAGAUUAUGAAAUUGCUUCCUUCAAGAAUCCGAUUGAAAGUUGA